AUGGCGGAUGACCUGAAUGAUGAUGAUUAUUAUCUUCAAGAAGAAGUUGGACCACAGGAAACGGAAGAACCAACGGAGAAAAAAGUGAAAACAAAGAAGAAUCAGAAGAGUUCGACAAUAAAGCGCGCAGUUGGCACAUAUUCUGAUCUAGUUUCUACCAUCCGUAUUCAUUACAAGAAAACGAAAAGUCAGUAUGAACUUGAUGAAGUAAUUUCCAUCUUCAACUCAUCGAUUUCUGCUCCCGUGCCAUCGUCAAUUCAAUUACGUCUUGAUGAAUAUCUGAAUGAGUUGAUUCCCAAGAGUAAAUGGUCAAAACAAUCGGAAUUAUCAUCGGCACCCGUAGUUUUAAUAAUAGCGCAAUCAGCAUUACGUUGUAUUGAAUUAGGCAAGAUGCUCAAGAAUUGUUCUUCUGCAAAACUUUUUACAUUUCAUUAUCUCUUUGCUAAGCACAAAAAGCUUUCGGAGCAAAUUGAAUUGCUCAACAAACCAACGACGCUGUUUAAUAUCAUCAUUGGUACACCGAAACGCGUCGAUGAUGUUCUCGAUGGCAACUGUUUGAAUAUGAAACGAUUGAAAUUCGUUCUGAUCGAUUGGAAUUACCAAAAUAUCAAACAGCAACGUUUAAUUGACUUGAAUCAGUUGAAAACGGAACUUUGUCAUUUGUUAUGUGAACAAAAAAUGGGUGGACCAGCGGAUAUUGAUGGAAAAUCACAUUCGGAAACAGAUAAUUUCCUACCAUGUAAAUUCGUUAUCGAUGGGAUAACCUAUUCAUCAGCAGAAAACUAUUUUCAAUGCGCGAAGACAACGAAUCAAGCUGACAGAGACAUGGUUCUGCGCUCCGGGCCAGGUACAUCGGCUUGGGCUGCUGGUCAGCGCGUGAAAAUUCGUGAUGACUGGGAAUCGAUCAAGGUCGACGCGAUGUACAAAGGCAACCUGGCAAAGUUUCAGCAAAAUGACGAGUUACGACAAGCUUUGCUGAGUUCCGGCAACGGUUCAGUUCGUUUCACUGGUUCAACGGCUUUUUGGAACCAUUGGAACGGGCUAAUUAUGGAAAGAAUUCGUGCUGAAUUACGUCAGAGUGGCGAAACUGAUGCCCGUCAUGCUGCUGAAAUUCGCGACGCCAUGGAGAAAGAUGAUGAAAAGGUAAAUCAAAGUAGUGCUCAGAAUACGCGGCAAAAAAAACACAAAAUGCAUUCACGAUCAGUUUUCAUUCUUUGCACUCUUGCUGUUUUCUUAUUGAUGGUCUCGUCGUCAGUCACCGUCGCUGACGAAAAUCAAGGAAGAAAACUGGCAAAUGCCCCAUGGCUCGGCGCUCCUCAUUUUCAAGAAUUAGCCAAACGUGGCCGAUUUGUUUUCCGUGACGCGCCUCACGCUUAUCAUCAAGAAUUCAAAGCCGAUGAAAUCGAAGACAGUGACGAUCAUCCGGCCAAACGUAAUUGGCGCUUAUAA